AGGCCCUGCUGCCUGUCUAAGUUGUGCUGUGUUCGGCCAGUGAGUUUAUCCACCGGUUGGAUACUUUGGUGAAUCUAGGCUGUUAUUUAGAGUCUCGCAUCAGUCUCCCGCUGUGUUUAACCAGUAUUUGUAUCAUUCGUGAAAAGAACUGUGGAUUAGCAGAGGGAAUUAAGGAUGAGCGUUGGUAUUGCGGUGCUGUUCCGAUAGUGGUCCUCCACGCCCCCUGGGCCCACGGCAGUCGCCGACAUGCUUAUAGAGAAUGUGGAUGUUUUUAAGACGUGGCUGGCCAAGUUACUGGAGCCCAUAUGUGAAGCUGACCCAUCGGCACUAGCAAACUAUGUAAUAGCUCUGGUCAGGAAAGACAAAUCUGAAAAGGAGCUGAAGGCCAUCUGUGCUGACCAAUUAGAUGUUUUUCUCCAGAAAGAAACAAAUGGUUUUGUGGACAAACUUUUUGAAAGCUUACAUACAAAGAACUACCUUCCUCCCGAAGAAACGCCAAAAGUCGAGAUAAAGCAAGAAAAAGAAGAAAAAGAGGAAACUCCCGAGAGACGGAAAAUUGCUGUUGCCACAGAGGGCCAGAACAUCAUUCGGGUUGAUCAAUUACUUAUAUCUGCUGGAGGUGACGAAAAGAACAUCUUCACUGUGUGGGACAAGUUCAUGCUGCGCUCAGCAUUAAGGAUUCGAGAAAAGACCAGGGAUGAAGGCAAAUGGAGGGAAUAUGACAGACACAGAGACAAAUACAACUGGCGGAGGGGGAGAAGCAAAAGUCCCCCUAAAAGCAAACCUACAAAUAGAAGUCGGAGUCGCAGCAGAGGAAGAAGCAGAGAGCGGGAAUUAAUCAGGAAUAGAGAGCAUCGAGAGAGAAUGAAGUUUGAAAGCGAAAGGAGCGAUCUAGAUACUGUGUAUACCCCAUCCUCCCUGCCAGCCAGCAACUCAUCGGAGCAACAGUAUUCCUCUGGUGGGCAGGCUAUCCCCAGCACUGUAACUGUAAUUGCACCUGCUCACCACCCUGAGAGCACAACAGAGAUCUGGUCUAAUUACUAUAACAACCAUAACCCUCCCAACUCGUUUAGCAGAAACCCCCCUCCAAAAAUGCGCUGCCGGGAUUAUGAUGAGAGGGGUUAUUGUGUCCUUGGUGAUCUUUGCCAGUUUGACCAUGGAAAUGACCCUUUGGUAGUUGAUGAUGUUUCUUUGCCGAGUAUGAUUCCGUUUCCCCCUCCUCCUGGACUGCCUCCACCUGGUAUCCUGAUGCCUCCUAUACCUGCCCCAGCUCACAACAUGAGAAUGCCAGUCCCAAGGCCGCUUACUCAGCCCCCUCCUUCCACUGUUCUUCCUGCACCACGGUUACCAUUAACGCAUUCAGGCUUGCUUAAUAACCGGGAACAGCCAGGAACAAGUACUGUGCCAAGUCUUACACCAGUUGGAGGAAGGCUACCUCCUCCCUUACCGCAGAACCUACUGUACUCCGUUUCAGAGCAAACAUAUGAGCCUGAUGGCUAUAAUCCAGAAGCUCCCAGCCUUACAAACACUGGUAGGACGGCAUACCGACAAUUCUUUACAAGAACACAGCCACAAAGACCUAAUUUGAUUGGUCUAACCUCGGGAGAAAUGGAUACAACACCAAGAGCUGCUAAUAUAGUGAUCCAGACAGAGCCAUCUGCUCCAGUCCCUGUAAAUAGUAACAUGAACAGAGUUGUGGUAGAACCAGACAGAAAAAGAGCGCUUGGUAACUUUGAUGGUCCCUUCGCAAAGAAACCAUGGUUGGAAAAGACUCUCCAGAAGGACAGAAUAUGGGUUGCCUUUCAAGGAGAUCCAGAAGGAGCACUUAUCCAGUACUUGACCAAUGACGAAGCAAGGAGAGCUAUAUCUAGCACUGAAGCUGUUUUAAACAAUAGGUUUAUUAGAGUGCUCUGGCAUAGAGAAAACACUGAACAGCAACCUUUACAGCCGCAGCAACAGCAGCAUGUGCCUCUGCCUCAGCAUCAUACAUCUCAUACAGCUCAAACUGUGCAGCCGCCCCUUGCAUCAACAGGACAAGGACAUUUACAGAAGGUAUUGCCUAAACCCCUAAACCAGAGCUCUUACGUUCUUAAUAAUUUGCCUGUUAAGAAUCGUGUUGCACAGUCUGGCAAUAUUCCAACAGAUGCAGCUAGCCAAUUAUCAAACCAAGCCACCUCAGGAGAGGAAACUCAGUCAAUAUCAUCCAUCAGCCAUUCAAAAAUGGUUUACAGCUCUUCAAACUUGAAAACUGCCAAUAAACCUUUGGCAGGAGCAAAAUCUGUUGAUGUGCAAGGCUCGCUUAAAAAGAAACAGGAAGCAAUAAAACUCCAGCAAGACAUGAGGAAAAAAAAACAAGAGAUGUUAGAAAAGCAAAUUGAAUAUCAGAAGAUGCUAAUCUCUCGACUAGAAAAAAAUAAGGGAAUGAAGACAGAAGAAAGGAAUGAGAUCAUGAAAACGCUUAAAGAACUAGAUGAGAAGAUUUCUCAGGUGAAAGAUGAAUUGAAGAAUCUUUCUGCACCCUCAAAAGUGAAGUCUAAAACAGAGACCCAGAAGGAACUCUUGGAUGCAGAAAUGGACUUGCACAAACGACUCAGCUCGGGGGAAGAUACCACAGAGUUGAGGAAAAAGCUCAAUCAGUUGCAGGUUGAGGCUGCCCAUCUUGGCAUCUUGCCUCCAAGCAGAGGAAAGCCAGUACCUUCCCAGAGCAGAGGUAGAGGAAGAGGUCGAGGUUCAAGGGGCAGGGGCUCAGUAAACCACAUGGUUGUGGAUCAUCGUCCAAAAACAAUACUAAUUAAUGGGUUUUUUGAAAAGGAGAAAGAAGAACUGCUUCAACAUUUUGCUAAAAUUGGUGAAAUUGAAGAGUUAAAAGAAGAGGAUUGUCCAGAAAGUAUCGUAUUGACAUUCAAGACAAGGCAAGAUGCUGAAAAUGCUGCUAACCAAGGGUCAAAAUUCAAUGGACGAAUGCUUCAAAUAUCCUGGCACAAACCUAAAACUCCUACUACAUCCACAGAUCUUGAGGAAGAAGAGUCAAAAGAGGAGGAAACUGAUAUAUCUGAUCCAUUCCUUCAUGAAGAUGAUGAUGAGGAUGAAGAUGAAGACGAGUCUCGCUCAUGGCGAAGAUGAGAGCCAAUACAGAAUAUAUGUACAUAGGAAUUGAGUUUUUUUUGUUGUUUUUUUAAGUAUUGUUCAUAGACUUUUUUUACCGUUCUAAAACCAGUAAAGGAGGAAAAAGCAAAAGUUGAGCCAAAUGAGCCAAAAGAUUGUUUUAUUUUUUUCCUUUGCAAAAAUAGUAAAUACCUUGAUUGUACAAAUGAUAAAGAAUGUGAUACUUUUUCUAUGAAAGCCAAAGGUGAAGAUAUAUUAUUAUUUUUUAUUAUUAAAUGGUAAUGAGAUGUAGUAUAGGGUAUAAGAAAUAUUUUUGGAGGCCUUCAAAGUUCAGAUGAAUUUUUUCACAUACAAGUAGACCUGAAGAGUGAUAAAAAAUAAACACCCUUCAGGCAUUAUUUUUUGGUUUAAUUCACUGUUAUAUAAGUAAAGUUCUUCUGUUUCACUUUACAGUUUAAUUAUAUUCAUACUCUGUUACGCUUUUGUAUGUAAAAGGGACGUGAACAUCUCUUGCUUUUAUGUUAAAAAAUGUGCUUGGCCUACACUCCCUAGAGAAGCCAAGAAACAAAUUAUGUAACCUAGUUUUUCAAAAUGCUACUUCUCAGAUAGCUGGCCUAAGCAAUUUGCAGAAUUUUAAGUGCCUAGGUAACAGAAUUUACUUUUUGGCAUUUCUAAGGAGCGUGCGACUAUCACAGGUUUUUUUUUUUUUACACAAAAGUAAAAGGUGUUUAUGCUGUCUUUAACAAAAAUGUUCAUACUUGGUUUCAUACAGUAAUGCCACAUCAGUACUUGACAUUCUGAAAGUGAGUGUUGUAUGCGGUCGACCAUGCUAAUGAAAAGAUCUACAGCAGUUGUUAGAAUGGUUGAACUUGAAACCGAUGUUGGUGUCCAUAGCUGGUGCAACCAAGAAGAAUUUUAAACGUUAGUAGAUUUCCUUUAGUAGCAUUAUCACUGUGUUUUGUGUGUCAGGAAAGCUCUUUAUUGAUGACAUUAAAUUUGUACUAUUGCUUACUAUCAGUUAACCAAAGGGGGUCUUAAAGCAGCUUGGUUUUUCUACCCUACAAAUUAAACAAGAACAGCAAAGCUUUGGUCCCAAAGCUGAACCUGGUUAUGUUCUAUAUUACAUUUAGCCCUGUAUGUAAAAUUGCAUUUUUUUUAUAUUUUCUAUGAAGGCUGAGAGAACAAUGUGCUCAGCCAAUCUAUUUAUUUAGAGUUACCUUUACAUAUUCAGUUCUUUAAAUUUUAGUAGAGUUUUUUUCUUUUUUUGUUUUUUUUGGAAUUGGCAAAUUAAACAAAGCUACAUCAGCUUCACCUAUUAAGCAUUACACGUUGAAUAGGCCAGUACACCUUCCAGAAGAAUUACAUAAUUUGUGUUGUGUAAAAUUCCAAAAUGCAGAAAAGACAAGGAUUUUACAUGUGGAAAAGGUGUCUGAUCACUGUCAUUUAUGCAUGUGUUUUAUUCAUAACCUCUUGUUAGUUGUAGAAAUUGUUAAUCUACAGGAAUCCUUUUUAAGAUCCCAGAAAUAUAUAUUUUGUGACGGUGGUGCUGGACUUUCUCAUAGACAUUUCAAGUCAGUCUGAUCCCUAUUUUAUAUGGAUUGCUGUGCUUUUUAUUACUUUAGUUUCCAUGUGAUCUGUAAAGUUUGAAGGCCUUUUCAUGAGUGAAGGUAACUUGAAAAACAAUGGUUCAAUGAAAAGAUUUGUAUAACCUUUUUCCCUACAAAAAUAACUGUUGACCCCAUCUAGAUCUCAGCAGCUUAGUGUUGGCACAAUUUUUUGGCCAUACUAAUACAUGAUAUGAUUGUUUUUAUUUGCAGGAAGCUAAAUACUUUAUACUGUAUUGUUGUUUCACUAUUUGAACACUGUGCCAUCCAGACAUCUUCCUUGUCUGGCAUGGGCCGUGUUUGCCAGGCAAUUUCCCACUGUGUCCAGCCAAACUUUUUUUUUUAUAUAUAGUUAAACCUGACCUUCAUUUUAGUGCAAUAGGGUCAAACAUUGAAAUGUUUUGUCAUUGGCAUCAAUAUCCUAUGUAUGUCAUUGGCAUCCCAUCCCAUAUCUAUGGAUAGCAGACAUCCAUAUUCCAUAUCUACGGAUGUCCCUUUAGAAUCUUACACAGUAUAAACUGGAAUCAAUUUUAUUAAGUGUUACUAAUAGCAGAAAUCAGCAAGGCUAAAUCUGUUUCUAAAACCGUGUAAAAAUGAUUCUAUUUUUUAUUACUUCAGUUUGUCUUGAGACUUUUUUGCUAUUAGUAACAAUCUGAAAACAAUGUUUGUUUUUCAGUAUAUAACCAAAAUGUGCAAUAUGGCAUUGUGAAGUAGCCUUAUGAUUGUCCUUGUAUAAUAUAAGCUUUUUUUUUAAUUAAAUCUCAAAAACCUUCACUUUCGAAAAAUCCUUAACUUUUAUGCAUGUAUGUUAAUGCCUUUUUCGCUGUUUAUGUGGUAAUAUGAAAACUGACCACUUUAUACAAAAAUAUGGGAGGGGGGGUGACAAACAAUUUAUAUAUUGUGUACAGAUAUUUCUUAAGCUGUAUAAUUUUGUACAUAUGUUUCUCCUUAAUGGGUACUUAAACUACAAUUGAGUAGAUGCCCUGAAAUGUUUUAUUUUUGUACCAAGAUGGUUAUGUCAUUGUUUGACAUUUGAGACUGUUUUUUCAGUAGUUCGUUUAAUAGUAAAUAUUCAGGAAGCUGUAUGAGAUAAAAAAAACUUGUACACCUAAUUUCUCAAGUUUAAGCACUGAUAGAACCAUGUUUUUAUUUAUUUUCUAUUUGGUUACUUUAUAAGUUUGGAAAUUCAUUAAUUCUUGAUUUUUUAAAACUGCUUUCCUUUACUGUAUAAGAGAGUUUAGACCUUCCUAAAGCCUGCAAAUGUUACGGCUUUCUAAAAAAUGCACCUAUUUCUUGGCAUUUGUAAGAAAUGCCCAUGUUUCAAACUUGCAACAUUUAAAAUGUAUGUUAUGAAACACUGUUUUGUUUAUUUCUUUUUUCAGACAUAUUAAUACACAGCAUGACCAUGUCAUUCUACAUUUUGGUUUUAAUUGUUUAGUUUAACCAGGGUUACCAUUUGAGAACCCCUUACUAUUAAAUUGAGAGACCAAUAUUUAAUUGUAGAUCACCAGAAGUACUAGUCUUGUAAAAGAGUGCUGAACACCUCCAAACAUACUAUCUGUUUGGUUAGUUUAAGCAACUUAGCAAAACCCAAGGGCUGUACUGCUUCUGGACUCCCUUCAUUUAAAAUAGUUAUUAUGGACUUAAUUUUAGAAACUGCUUCUGAACCCCCUUUGCUAACCUACAGCUCAUUGUAGAGCAUAUUGGGGUACCUAACCAGCAAAGUAGUGGGAUUGUCAGUAUACUUUUUAAGAUAAUGCUGUUGGACUGAAAAGUGUUCAGACAAUGAUGAGCAUUUAUCACAGAUGAAUGUGCAGCAGAUUGUGCUGCUUUCCUGCUGCUAUAAUUUGCAUGCAUUAUGUGAUCUUAUGUAUUCUCUUACAAGGUUAUCUUGACACUCGCACAGUAAAAUAUACACAUUUCUCAUGCCAUAUACUAUAAACAUACUCAGCCAUUAUUUUUUUUGUAAAUUACCAUAAUUAGUUUAAUCUGUGAAAAUAAACCGAUCCAUUAUGCAUCCAGCUUAUAAUUGAAGUGUUACUUACAAAAUGCAUUUGCUAAGCGACUGAUGUAUAUAAAGGAAAGGCCUUACAUUUGCUCUACUUGCAAAAAAAUAAAAUAAAAAAUAAGCUUUUAUUUAUUUUUUUUAAUACACACAAAAAGCCAUGAAUACUAUGAAUAAGCUGGACACACAAUGGGUCGGAGGGAGUUCAUGAAUCAUGUGGAUAGAGUGUGGACCUCCUCUUCAUGUACAGCAUACCUGUAUUAUAGUUUUUACAAUAUGGUGAAUUUGUGUCAUAGUAUUAUAGGCAAUAUUGUUGAAUUUCUAACUGUUUAUACAUUUAAGAUCAUUCUAUGUAAUGUUUGUUUUAUUGAUUUACAAGCUGAAUUUCUAAGAGCAUGUUCACUUUUCCAAUAAAGAAAACAUGGUUCAGUGGUUCAAAACAACAUAGAAAACUACAAAAUGGAACACAUCCAUUAAUUAAAAAAAAAAAAAAAAAAAACAAACAAAAAAACUGCAUUGAAUAUGAAAAGAAAAUCAGAACCACUCCAGAAUUUACAACCAUCA